GUAAAAGUUUAAUUCAGCAGAACUGAAUAGAUUUUGCGAACUGAUAUGUUUUUUAUACUGUUUCAAAUUUUAUAGCAUUUUCAGAAAAAUCACGCACUAUUUAAGUUUACUCAGAACAUGCAGUUGAUUCAUAUCCAAUUUUUAAUGUUCACUUUAUUAUUAUUUAUUUACGAUUUAGAAAAGAAUUUAGAUCAACAAAUAUAGGCGAUGAGCGAGCAGGUUUUUGUCCUUGUAAAUUAGUGGAAUUCUUUUUCAAAUUCAAUUAUUUUUACAAACUAAUUGGAUUAAAAUCAACAUUUUCUCUUUUUUAACUAAAUGAUAGGAAAAUUUCAAGUUUUUAAUUAAAUUUUUGAACUAUCUAUUUAUAAUCAGAAACAAUGACACACUGCAGAAAACGCCCUAGAUGUGAAGAAGAUUGUUGUGAAUUAAUGCCUAUUUCAAAGAGAAUUAAUGAUCUCCAUAUCAGGAGUGGAUUAACAGAUCCAAGUGCACCAAUAAAUACUAUUCCAGAAAUGCACCCAAGAGCACGAAAUGUGCGGGAGAUAUUUAAUGGAAUGUAUGUGCCUGAAAUGCAAAGGGAAGUUGGCAUGACAAGAGAAGUGAAUGUGAUGGGUGCUUACAGGCCUGAACUAAGUGCUUCUGAAAAUCCUUAUUACUAUCAAGUUAAUGGUGUUCUGUACGAAGCACACGCCAUGCGCAUGCAAAGAUUAUCAAAAUAGAUACCUCCUUGAUUUAUAUUUAUUUCUAUUACUAUUAUAAAUAUCAAAAGGUGUGCUUGACUUUUUGAAUGGGCAAUAAAUGAGUGGAAAAUUUAACAGAAAGCUAGGAGAGUGUUGCCUUGUGUUCAUUCAUUUAACGAGAUUUAUCACUUAAAUGUGUAUCAUAUAAAAUAUAAAUAAAAAAAGAAAUCUUCUAUUUUGUAAA